AUGACGACCAACACCACACCAUCUUGGCCCUCCUUAUACAAUCCUGGACGAGAAAUCAUACAUAUUGAGCACAAUGAACCUAUACAACCUGGCGGAGCUUAUCUUUAUAACGCAAACGAUAUUUUCAGAUUCACUCUCUACUGGACUUUAAUUUUCUACACGCCUAUAUUUCUGGUUUGCGGACUGUAUGCCUUUUGGAAUUACUCGUUUCCACCGCCUACACGGCGAGCGUCUCGAGGCUCUCGCGAUUCGUACCAACUUUCUUCAAUGUUUUCUACCCAACCAUUUUUAGACGCGGACACCCCAUCCUUGCAACCGACCAAACCUCCCAAAACGAACGAACGAAGAUCGAGAGUUGCAUUUGCAAUCAUAAUCUUGUUCACAUUUUUAUUGUUGAGCGUUGCAGGAGCUGUCAUUGGGUCUGCAAUUAUGGGGUUCGUUAUGGCCGGUUUAUUCAAUGCGGCACAUUUCAAUAUGUCGACAUGGAUACCAUUCUUGCUUGCUAUCAUGCAGGUUGUAGUGGGCCUUUUGAGCAUAUGGCCGUCAAUUGUGGAAAUCAUCUGA